UAGCUGAUCCCCCCCCAACUGAAACUCUGAAGUUUGAUAUCACAAUGCAGCCCGUUUGCUCUACCAUUCCCAACUCUUAUUCUAAUUCCCAGGUUUGUGUAUAUGGAGGAGGGUGCAGACACUUUUCCUUGCCUCACAAGGCAUUCACAAUUAAAUACAUCAUGGCAAAUGAUGCUAUUUCGAGGUUAUCAAAUAAACUUCAUCCUCAAGGACUUCCCUUCAAGACCCAAGCAGCUACUUAUUUUGUCCAAAGAGAUGAGCAAUUAAACUCCCUUAGAUUGGCAGAUCAAUUCGUCGAAGAAACUAGGUCAUUGCCAAGGCCUUUUUAUCUCAGAAACACAGUUAUUGCAACCAAUCUUCCAAAUGAUCCCGCAUCUGCAUCUGAUUCCCUCAAACCAGAUCUAUAUUCAGAGUACCUUUCAAAAACAGAUACAGAGGACGUUUUUGCUGGAAUUAAUGAAUCCCUUAGUGCUCUGGUGUGUAACACAGACAUUGCUAUUACCAAUACACUCAAAACAAUCACAUCUUCAGUAGACCUUGCUUCCAAGGGUGUUAAUGAUGCAAUUGAUAUUUCUUUUAAUAACCUGAAGCUCUCUUUUAGUACUACAUUGUCAGGGUUAUCCAAUAACUCUAAGGGAGUCUCAAGUAAAGCAGCGGUUAUAGCUGUUGAUGGGUUAAGACAUGCCAUCAUUUCAGUUGAGGAGUUGCUAACACUGUGGACUACUUUUGUGGUCUAUGUUUAUGCAUCCGCCAAGGAUAUGCUCCCUCCAGAGCUCCACAAUGUACUAAAUUCUUCAGAAGAGAGGGUAUUUAAUGUCUUGAGGCCUUUUGGGGCAGCUUUUCAACAGGUUUAUACUGUCUUAGAGGGAUUUGAGACAAGUCUUGGCAUAAAUCCCAGCGAUCCCGUUGUCCCUUUUGUACUUUUUCUUGGAACAUCAACUAUUUUAUGGAUUUCUUACUGGAUAUUGACCUAUGCUGGAUAUGCCGGGGACCUGUCCCCAAAGUUAACUUUGGAGCUACUGAAUGGGAAAGAAAGUGUUGCCCUAAUUGAUGUCCGGCCUGAGGAUUUCAGAGAAAGAGAUGGAAUUCCUGAUCUCCGAAGGACAGCUCGAUUUCGAUAUGCUAGUGUGGCAUUUCCUGAGGUUGAUGCGAAUGUAAAAAAGUUACUGAAGGGUGGGAAAGAUCUUGAUGAUGCCUUGAUUGCCGCUGUCAUUCGGAGCUUAAAAGUUGUUCGAGAAGGGUCCAAGGUUAUAGUAAUGGAUGUUGAUGGCAGUCGCUCUAAGGGAAUCGCAAGAUCACUGAGGAAAGUUGGUAUUAAGAGACCAUACUUGCUCCAAGGUGGCUUCCGCUCUUGGGUUCUAGAGGGUUUGCGUAUUAAAGAGCCAAAGCCUGAGACAACACUUACCAUACUCAAUGAGGAAGCUGAGGCUAUUCUAGAGGGUACCACUCCCCUGCAAGUUAUCGGGUAUGGCGUGGGUUUUCUGGCAGCUACUUAUUCGUUGUUAGAAUGGGAGAAGACAUUGCAACUAAUUGCUGUUAUUGGUCUUGGUCAGACUAUAUAUCGACGAGUUGCUUCUUACAAGGACUCCAAAGAUUUCAACAGAGAUGUGAGACAACUUCUUGGCCCUGUUAAGCUGGGAGGUGAGGCAAUUGCGUGGGCUGCUGGGAAGUUGGAAACCAAUCGCAAUGGUUUACCGACUUCACCUUCCUCAGUAAAUAUCCAGAACAGGGUAUUGCAAGCUGCUGCGAAACACGAAUCUCAGCCACCUGAGAGCGAAGAACCACAAGAUACAUUAUCCCGUUCAACAACUCAGAACCCAGAUCUCUCUGAAGCAUAGAUGCUAUGAUUUUCAUCCAAAUUAUAAGCGCUCUAAAGUUUGACUGAAUUAUAUGGUGGGUAAUUGGUGUCUUGAGAAAAGCAGGUUCCUAAAGUUAGUUGUUGUAAUACGACUAUAUAUACUGCACAAUCAUUGAUAUAUAUAUAUAUAUAUAUUAUAUGUAUAUAUAGCAACAUAAUGUGGGAGAUUUUAGUUUCCUUGUACCAACUAGUUAGUUCUAUGAGUCGGUGAAAGGGCCAUUUAUGAGCCAAUUAUAUGUGCAUGUUAUAGUUCCAUGAUGUGGAAGAUUUCUGUUUCCAUAUGAAAUUCUGAGCCGGUUUAAAACUA